AUGCCUCGUAUCGAUGUACACCAUCACUUCUUUCCCCUGACAUUGGACAAAGUGAAUACCGGCAAGGAUGUAGGCUUUAGAACACCCGCUGAAAAUCUACCUUGGGAUCCUGAAAUAAGUAUUCGCUCCAUGGAUUCAAGUGGCAUCAAUAUUGCCCUUCUUUCGUUUCCUGCGAUAGCCUCGGGCUCUAUCAGUGAAGAGAACAGAAGAAUAACUCGUGAUCGGAAUCUCUUUGUUACUGGGAUUUGUCGGAAAUACCCAGGUCGAUUUGGAUAUUUCGCAACUCUGCCGUUUCUGGAUGAUAUCGAAGGCGUCCUAGAAGAGAUCAGAUAUACCCUCGAUGAACUCGGUGCUCAAGGGAUCUCAAUGUCGUCUAGCUACGGGGAAGGUCCUUCAGCAAGAUAUAUCGGAGAUGAUACCUACGAUCCAAUCUGGGCCGAACUCAACCGUCGCCAGACCGUCGUUUUCUUGCAUGGGGCACAAACGCCCUCAACAACGCCAUAUCCUCACCCUUCUCUCGGGGUCCCUAUUGUUGAGGUUCCAAACGAAACAUUCAAGGCAGCGUCUCAUCUUGUCGUUACAGGUCGAAAGCGUAAAUACCCCGAUGUCAAGGUCAUCUUAGCGCACCUUGGAGGAAGCGCACCUUAUUUGGCACCUCGGGUGGCCGUUCUUUCCAGACACAUGGGAUGUCCUCUGACCCCAAACGAGAUAAUGGACGACUUCAAGACGUUCUACUAUGAGACGGCUUUGAGCGCGCACGAAGUUACAUUGUCAGCUAUGCAAUCGUUCGUCAGCCACGAUCGAAUUUUGUUUGGAACCGACUUCCCCGCUGUCAGCACUGAGAUGUCAUCGUGGUACACCAACAACUUGGAGACAUUCUACCGAGAUGAAGGGGAUAUUUUGGAGAUGAUCAACUACAAGAACGCGCUCACACUGUUCCCAAAUCUUCAAACAAACUUCCCACAUUAG